AUGCCUCGUGCUUGCAGCGCGCAGCGAGCUCAGUUUCUGGCUGACGGUGCCAAGCAGACAGAACAGAAAGACGAGUCGGCAUCGGAGACACCUGCGUCCGGAAAAGAAAGUGAGGAAGCCACCACAAAGCAGGAGAAAGGGGAGAAGGAGGAGGAAAAGGGAGAAGCAUCUGGACAAGAGGGAGGGCCUGCAGCUGCAGCACCCCCAGCCACAGGCAGCCAUGCUGCCGAAAACUUCCAGCCAGAGCCUAUCCCAGGCUCAGGAAAGUGGGGCUUCACCCACACCAAGGGGAAUGCCCACAAGUGUGGCUCCGACAACAAGCAGUGGUGCUGUGACCGCGGCUCUCAAUUCAACGUAGAGCAGGACCGCUGUGAUCCCACCAAAGGCCACAACGCUACGGUCAUGAGCGUUGCGGGCCUCAUCUCAGAUUUCCAGAACUCUACAAAAAUCUUCCGAAUACCGGACCAAGUCGACCACAACGGCGUCAGAGGAUGCACGCACAAAAAUGCCGUCGCUUGCAAAGAUGAAGAGCAGAAGCUCUGCUGCUGCAAUGCAGGCUUCAUUUACAGUUUUCCUGAGCGGGAGUGUGAAGCAGACACUGCUGAUCCCAAGAACAUUGAGGAUCCCGUGCCUGGGAGCGACAAGUGGGGCCUCUUGCACCGAGUAGGUCAGGCAUCAAAGUGUGUCAACCACCCGAAGAAGUACUGCUGCCACCGUAUGUGCCAGUAUGAGAUCGGCCAUGACAGAUGCGGCGAAUGUGUUAGUUACGAACAAGCACCGCCACCAAAAGCCUGGGAGGUUAUCAACAAGUAUGUUGGGGAGAAAGGUAACUAUGUCAUUCCGCCCAAGAUCGACAAGCCUGGUUUAAUGGGCGGCUGUUCAACGAAGAACGCUAAGAAGUGCACUGUGCCUACAUCGGGCGAGAAACACUGCUGCUGCCAUCAAGGUUUUGCCUUCUCCUUCGUUUCGCGGCAGUGCCUGGCGCCUGCUGCUUGGCAGUCGGAGCAGCAGCAGGACAUGCCGCAGGCCCCCGGCCAGCAAGGCCACCAAGGUCCGCAAGGCCAAGCUGGCCAGGAGGGCCAGGGCCAGAACCAGCACGGACAGCCACAAAACGGACAAGGUCCGGCACCACCGCCUCAAGGAGAGGAGGUUGGUGUACCAAGGAGCGUGGCAACUCUCGCUGGGUUUGCACCUCUCCUGCUCAUGUCCAAGUUCCUCCUCUUGCUGGCAUGA